AUGUGGCACAUUGUCGGCAUUGCCGCCCGCAUGUGUUUAGAGCUAGGUCUUCAUCGCGAGCAGGUCUAUCGACCUGCCAAAGGAUCCAAUGCAAACGACCCGAGCCAAAUAGUUGCAAAUGAGAUACGCCGUCGCUGCUUCUGGUGCGUGGUAGCAAUGGAUAGAAUCGUCAGUAUCUCCUUGGGGAGGCCUCUCGCUAUACACUUGCAAGAUGCCGAUGUAGCUCUUCCCGACCUGAACUUGGAUGGAACAGUCAACAGCGACUCAGAAGACCAAUCUACAUCUAGCUUCUGCCGCACAGCAAUAUUCGUGCACAUCGUCCGCUAUCGAAUCCUCUGUGGUGACAUCCUAUCCGCCCUGCACAACGGAUCCACCCGCACGCAGACCAACGAGGUACCAGCUCUAGCCAGCCGCGACAAACUCGCCAAUGAACUAGCCCAAUGGCGGCAAGAUACCAGCACGCUCUCACUCCCAGACGUGGACCUAUCGAGCACCCUACCAGGAGACCGGUCUAGUUUCCGUACGCGCGAGUGGUACGAGAUGCUCUACUACAACGCGCUCCUCAUGCUCUACCGGCCCUCGCCAGGCCUAUCCUCCGCCUCAUCCCGCGACGCCGUCGUGCUACAAACCAUCUUCGUAGCAGCAAAACAAGCCAUCGCGUUAUACGCACACCUGCACCGAUCACGGCGCAUAAACUACACCUGGAUCACACUGCACUCCGUCUUCAUGGCGGGUCUAUCCUAUGUCUACGCCGUGGGCCGCCACUUCCGAUCCCAUAAACGCAAUAUACCAGGCACCUCGACACGCACAGCGCUACUCGAAAAUAACCCCACAAUCAUUGAAAUCGUCAAUGACUCCAGAGCAUGCUCCAAUGUCCUGGUUGCUAUUUCCGAGCGAUGGAACGUAACGAAGAAUUGCCACGACGUGUUCAAUCGGCUGAGCGAUGCUAUGCUCUCUGAUGCGGUCGAGUACCACACUCGCGCGUCUUCCGAGGCUACUAGGACUGCGUCGGCGGCGGAUGUUCCUUCAGGGGCAUCGUUUUCGGUACAGAGUGAUGGUGCAGGUGGUACGCCGCUUGGGUACUGGCAGAUAAAUGAGAUAGGAGCGACAGCGCUGGCGGUUGAUUCGGUGCUGCAUGAGUGUUUUGAUGACCUGCAGCGGUUUCAGCCGUAUGGGUGUGGGGAUGACCCCGUUGGACAGCUGUCGCAUGACUGGUUGGGAGAGAUUGGGGGAGUAGGGCUGAAUUUGAAUUCUAUGUGGUGA